GCUACAGGUCACUCUCAGUGACUACUGUAUGCAGAGCUGUGUUUCCACAUGCAAACAGAGCUACAACAAGACCCCCACAAGUAUGCCACUGUGGGGGUUGCUGCAAGAUUAGGUGAUCUUAUGGGGCUCCAGGAAAUGGUCUGGCAUGGUGAGUAAAUUCAAGUUUGUAGGGAUAUUGACAAAUCUUGAUUCAUAUGAUGUCAGUUUGUGUAUUAAUCCUUACAGUACCAGGCGCGUCUUUUUGCAGUGACCUACUUUUUCCCGGUGACCCAAGCUUGUCAUUUUUCACCAGCCGAUCGUUUUCCUUGUGGCCCAAGCACGUCUAUUUGCCACAUGGAUGGGUAUCUAAUCUAAACACAGAAACAGGGAUAUGACCUUUCACCACAGUCUCAGGCAGAAUGUUUACUCGUUAGUGGAAUAGUCAGAUUUAAUUUGCCUUUUAAAUUAUUAAAAUCGACCAAAUUACUGAGUUUUUUGUGCAGAUCUAUAUUUGUUUGAUUCUGUGGUGCUACACUUUCGCUAUUGUUGAUGACUUAUGCACAAUCCCCUAGUGUGCCAUUGCCAAAGAAAAGUUUGAACAAAACACUUUAGUUUUUUUAACACCCUAUCCAUUUCUGAACAGAUAAUUCCCUACAUGUUAUUAUCAAUUGUUUAAAACAAAAAAGGUACAAAAUAAUUUGCAAUCCUAUCAAAUUUUGGCUCAUUCCAAAAUAAUUUCUGGGCCACAGGCAAUAAUUAGCACAAUAAUAGCCGGGACUGAGGCUAUUCAAGCAAAAAAGUAGGUCAGCACUGUAAGGGUUAAAAGAGAAAAUUAGAAAUAUGAAAUAAAAGGUCUUAACUAUUGACUGUUUUAUACUAUGAAUUUGUAUGCUCAAUCAUAGUGUAAUUCAUACAAAUUUUAAAAAAUGACAACAAUAAUUUAUCCUUAAAAUAAUUUUUAUAGGAAUUUUAAUUUUACUUACAAAAUGUUAUAGUAAAUAUUUUUCUUGCACCUUUUAGGUAAGGUAUACUAACUUCAAAAAAAGAAAUCAAUUUCAUAAAAUAAUUCUUUUAAAAAAGCGUAAUUUACUGUAGUAUACUAAAUACUCAAAGAAUGAGAUUCACAUUGCAACAAUGUAACUCCUGACACCAAAAUUCAUUUUAAAAAAAUUUUAUCAUUGAAAAAUAGAGAUAAUUAUUGAUAGAUAUGCCUUACUUACAAUUGUGCUUAAACAGGCCGACCCAUAGAUGUAUUUGACAAUAGAGGAUGGAGUCCAAUACAUGAAGCAGCCUAUUUUGGCAACACAGGCUGUUUGGAGUUCUUAUUGCGACAACGUAAGGUCUUUUCACAAAAUUUCAACUUAUAUGGAAUAUUUGACAUUCCAUUUCUAACAAGAGCUCAAAUUGUUAAUAGGAGAAAAUAUUUAAUAUAAUUGCAUGUUUAAAUCAUAAAUUAUCAUUGUCACUGAAUGAUACGAGAUGCAAAUAAUUUAAUGUAACACCUUGUCGGCUAAAUUGCCGUCCCUUAAGCAAUUACCUUAAAUUCAACUUCAAAAUAUGAGCCAUUUCAUAGUUAACACUUAAUACUUGAUGAAGGAACAAAAUAUCUGAGUGAAACAACAAAAUGCUCAUGAAAUAAGAUAACAAUUUAUUUACUCUGAUUGUAUAAUUGAUACAGCUGGUGUUGAUCCAGAUUGGACUACACAUGCCAAAGAAACACCUUUGAUACUGGCUGCCAGACAGGGUCAGCAUGAUGCUCUUGUGUCUCUCAUCAAUGCCAGGGCUGAUGUUGACUUUGCUACCAAUGAAGGCUACUUUCCUUUAUGGGAAGGUUGUUAUCUUAUAAUUUACAUCAAGGCAAACUUCUUGGGCUAAUUUUUGUUAUCAUUCUCCAUAAGAGGUCGUUCGCAUAUUACGUGACGCCAAAAAUAACAUUUUUAGACCCCCCUGUCACAAAGUGUCACAAAUAAUUCCCCCCCUUUGUGUCAAAAUACACCUAAAAAAAUUCAAAACAUACAUAAAAUUUUCAUAACUAAACUAAGAUUUUAUUUUUAUUCUUUAAAAUUUUAUCAUACUGGAUUAAGAUGUACUUCUAUUUGAAAAUUGUGACGUAAAACAAGCCCUAGCCCAAUGUUAAAUGGCCACAACAGUUUUUUUUUUGCAUCAUUUUUUUAUAUGUGCAGAAGGUGUGAGUGACUUUCACGGUACUUGUUAUACCUGAGUCAAUUUGGACCUCAAAUUAUUUGUUUUUAAAAUUAAUUGAAUAUAGAUUUUUCAAAAUUAGAAAAUUUUAGAUAUUAAAAAAAAAAUAGUGUGACGUCACAAAUUUUUUACACCACCCCCACCCGUCUCAAAGUGUCACAAUUUUUCGACAAAACCAACCCCCCCCCCCCCCCCCCUUUUUGUUUUUGAGCGUGAUGUAAUUUGCUAAUGACCCCUUAGAAUUAUCUUUUGCAAAUUAAUCCUAAUUUAUAUGUUAAAAUAUUUUUUUCUAAUACAAUACUUCUAGUCAAAGCUUCUACUUCUACAAAUAUCUGAUAUAAAUUAGAAUUGGGAAAUUUUGCUAGUAAUUUAAUCUAAAAUACACUUUAAAUCUUUCUUAUUGCUUUUUCUAUCAACUAGCUGUAAAUUCUGGAAACUUUCAAUGUUUUCGUACACUUAUAAAGAAGGAUGCAGAUGUAAAUGCUAGGAUUUACACAGGGUAUUCAGCACUGCACCUUGCUGCUGAGAAAGGCUACACAAACUUUGUUAAUCUCUUACUGCAGGUAAACUUAGUGACACUAUUUUAAUAAAUAAAUCAACAUUCAUAAAAAUGAGAUUGUAGUUGUGCUUUUGUAGUAAAGUGUUUGAAAUCAACUUAAAUCAUGUGGGAGUGUUUCUGCUUGAACCGGUAAAACUAAAAAAUAUAAUUUAAUAUUGCAGCAUGGAGCUGAAAUGGAUGUGUAUGCUGAUCACAACUUGUCCCCACUGUUUCUAGCAGCUCACAAAGGUCACAUAGACUGUGUGAAACUUCUGAUCAAAGUUGCUAAAGAUCGAGGUAUGUAUGAAAAUAAAAACCAUGAAUAAUGCCAUUGCAUUAUGUAUUUGCUGAAAACAUGCCAUCAACUGCACAUGUUUGAAUUCUGACAGAAAUGAUGUUCAGAAAUUAUUUAGCAUUUGCCCUUUCGUUUUGCAGGUGUCAUGCACAUAGUGAAUGCACCAGCUUCAGACAAUGCCACACCCCUGCUGAUAGCUGCCCAGGAAGGUCAUGCCGCCAUAGUUGCGUUUCUACUUCACUAUGGGGCUGAUGCUAACAUCCC